CUGCCUGCCGGGGCGGCCCCGGCCCCGCCGCACUCCCCGCUGCCGACGGAGCGGAGCGGAGCCGCAGCCCCCAGCGCCAUUGCCGCCCUCAGCCCGCUAUGGCAGGUGGCAUUGAUGCUAACGAUACUUAAAAAAGCAACCCUAAUGUCCCAGCUGGAUUCCUGAGCACUUUUGUGAUUCCUGGAGGUGCUGCUGUUGAAGUAAGAAAUUGUCCUUAGUCUGUCAUCCCAGGAGCACCGCUUGGGUGCUGCAUGCAAGUCCUUGACAUUCUGGAAACAAUGGGGAUUGGCAAGAACACCACUUCCAAAUCGGUGGAGGCAGGAGGCUCAACAGAAGGCAAAUAUGAAGAUGAAUCUAAACAUCCCACCUUUUUCACCCUGCCUGUCGUGAUAAAUGGUGGAGCAACAUCCAGUGGUGAUCAGGAUACAGAAGACACAGAGUUGAUGGCCAUCUAUACUACAGAAAAUGGCAUAGCAGAAAAGAGCUCUCUGGCAGAGACCCUGGACAGCAGCGGCAGUUUGGAUGCACAGAGAACUGACAUGAUUUACACUAUCGAAGACGUUCCUCCUUGGUAUCUCUGCAUAUUUUUGGGGUUACAGCAUUACUUAACGUGUUUCAGUGGAACUAUAGCAGUGCCCUUUUUGCUCGCUGAUGCCAUGUGUGUUGGAUUUGACCAGUGGGCUACCAGCCAGUUGAUUGGGACCAUUUUCUUCUGCGUGGGCAUCACUACGUUGUUACAAACAACUUUUGGGUGCAGGUUACCCUUGUUUCAAGCGAGUGCUUUUGCCUUCUUAGCACCUGCUAGAGCAAUACUCUCCCUGGAGAAGUGGAAAUGUAAUAAUACAGAUAUAACAGUUACAAACGGAACAACAGAACUGCUUCACACCGAGCACAUCUGGUAUCCCAGAAUACGAGAGAUCCAAGGUGCUAUUAUCAUGUCCUCCCUGAUCGAAGUGGUGAUCGGUUUGCUCGGCCUCCCCGGCGCGCUGCUGCGAUACAUCGGGCCUCUGACCAUCACACCAACCGUGGCUCUCAUCGGCCUCUCGGGUUUCCAAGCUGCUGGAGAAAGAGCAGGCAAACACUGGGGUAUCGCCAUGUUGACUAUUUUCCUGGUGUUGUUGUUUUCUCAAUAUGCCAGAAAUGUCAAAUUUCCCUUACCCAUUUACAAAUCUAAGAAAGGAUGGACAGCAUACAGGCUGCAGCUUUUCAAGAUGUUCCCUAUUAUUUUAGCUAUUUUGGUGUCGUGGUUGCUUUGCUUCAUCUUCACUGUGACAGACGUCUUUCCCCCUGACAGCUCGAAGUACGGCUUCUACGCUCGCACAGACGCCCGACGGGGAGUGCUCUUGGUAGCUCCGUGGUUCAAGGUUCCUUAUCCUUUUCAGUGGGGACUGCCAACAAUUUCAGCCGCUGGAGUGAUAGGAAUGCUCAGCGCUGUUGUCGCAAGCAUUAUUGAAUCAAUAGGAGAUUACUAUGCCUGUGCCAGGUUGUCUUGUGCUCCUCCUCCACCUAUUCAUGCAAUAAACAGAGGGAUUUUUAUCGAGGGUCUCUCCUGUGUUCUGGACGGAGUAUUCGGGACAGGGAAUGGAUCCACUUCUUCCAGCCCUAACAUUGGUGUCUUGGGCAUCACGAAGGUGGGAAGCCGCAGGGUUAUUCAGUACGGCGCCGCCUUCAUGCUCCUGCUCGGGAUGGUCGGCAAGUUCAGCGCGCUCUUUGCCUCCCUGCCCGACCCCGUGCUCGGGGCCCUCUUCUGCACCCUCUUUGGGAUGAUUACAGCCGUGGGUCUGUCUAACCUCCAGUUCAUAGAUUUAAAUUCUUCUCGGAACCUGUUUGUACUUGGAUUUUCCAUUUUCUUUGGACUUGUCCUUCCGAGCUAUCUCAAACAAAAUCCACUGGUCACAGGAAUAGCGGGCAUUGAUCAAGUAUUAAACGUUCUUCUCACCACAGCCAUGUUUGUCGGUGGCUGCGUUGCGUUUAUUUUGGAUAAUACCAUUCCAGGCAGCCCUGAAGAAAGGGGAAUACGGAAAUGGAAGAAAGGGGUUGGUAAAGGAAGCAAAUCACUGGAUGGCAUGGAAACGUACGAUUUGCCAUUUGGCAUGAACUUUAUUAAAAAAUACAGGUGUUUCAGCUUCCUGCCCAUCAGCCCUACCUUCAUGGGCUACACGUGGAAAGGCUUCAGGAAAAGCAGUAACUGCAGGAAUUCAGAUGAAGACUCAGAAGCUACAGUAUAGCCUUAGUUGAAAUUAUAUUAUCUAGUUGUAGUAAGAGAUGUAUUUGCAGUUUCUUGCUGAUUAAGAAGCAUUAAAAUAUAUGUUUUGUAUAUCUGCAUUUAAAUUCUGGAACCAGAGCUGAGACGAAUUUAAAAAAAAAAAAAAACCAACAAAAAAAAAAGCUUUCCUGUUGUGGGUGGUGGUUGCCAGAUCUAGUGUCUCUGGGUCAAACUUGCAAAUCCUCCUCUGUUUGAUUUUUUUUUUUUUUUUUUUUUCAAAAGCUAGAGAUGCCUGCGUGCCUAAGUCUGGUUAUUUUAAAUGGGACUUAGGUUCCGGAAGUGUGUAGGUGCUAUUGAAAAAAAAAUGUUACUUUUUAGGGUGAUUUUAUUUAAGUUGUUGAUGCUGGCAUUUUUGGGGCGUUCAUUGCUGGCAAUGUGAGUUACGCCAGAAGAUUUGAAUCCUGUAAGAAGAAGAGGGUGGGGGGGAAAGGAAAAAUAAUUACUCCUGGUCCUGUCAAACCCCAUCUAGAUUGUUUCCUACUCGCUGAUUUGCACAUUCCGGUUUUUCAGCCCCCUGGAAACCAGACACAGUUGAUACUGGCAAAUCAUGAGAGUAUUUUUUUUUUUUCUAAUUUGCCCAUAGGUCAGUCAGAUAUCCAGUGUUAAGACAGAAAGUUUCUGCAAUAACUUUGCCGAUAAAAAAUUAUGACUGAGUUCUGAUAGCCCAGUGCUGUAGAAGGAACCGCUCAUUUUGUGUCAGUUCAGGUUUGGAAACGUUUGCUUUUGCUGCUUGGCAUCUCACCACCUAAUUCCUGGUGUCCAGGGGCAGGUUUGCUUUCAAGGGACACGUGUAGCUUGAGUUUUACAGAGAUGGGGAAACUUUUCACCUCCGGAUGGGACCUGAGAACAGUUUUUGCAGUGCAAUGCCUCUCUCCUGAACAAAAACGCUAAUUUAUUGAGCAGCUCAAAGCAAUUAAGGUGUGUGUCCUGCAGCUUCCCCUGCAGGGAGGGCCCCGUGGUCACUGUGCUGCUGGUGUUGGCUGGUUUGGGGCUGUGUAAAAUUUUCCUGCUGGGACACAGAAUCACAGACACCAAGAGAUGCUGCUCCCCGCCAGCGGCUCGUGCUGCGUUGCCUCCUCUUCUCUCUUGGUGAAGCUUCUCCAGAAGCUCCUUCCCGUGGUGGAGGGGAUCCCGAAGAGCAGAGACACUCCAUCUGACCUCCUCACCCACUGGCUGGUUUCACGGGUACUGGGUCCAAUCAGGGCACCAUUCAGAUCUUUUUUUUUUUUUUUUCCUGGACUAGUCUCAGCUCUGACGUUACGUGGGUGUUCAUGCUCAUCAUGCAUUCAUGAUUAAAAAGUUUUAUUCCUGUUUAAUGUUCUUACUAUUGCAAGUUAGUUUUAGACUUCAGUGUGGCCCCAAAAGCGUUUUUAAGCUGUGGAGAUCAUCAGGGAAAUGUAGUGUAAUGUAAUUUCAAGGCCAGUAUGCUCUACGGUGCUUGCGUUUUGUAUUCCUGGAGAAACCAUAACAGUAGCUCCUGUAAUCCCCUAAUCUAUUUAUGAAAGUUUGACUACUGGAACUCUCUUUUCUCUGAGUCUACUUCCAGGUGAAUUUGUUGUUGGUUUUUUGAAGCAUGGAAGGGUUGGGGUGGGGAGGGCGAGGAAGGAGCUUACCGGAUCAGUACUGAUUAGUGUAGAGUGGGAAUGAUUCCAUUGCUGUCGUUCUCAGCAUGCCAUGGCUGUUUCCAGAAACUAUUUUAUACUGCUUUUUUCCAUAACAAAGCAUGUGUUUUUGUUCCUGCUUCAGGGAACUUUCAGUAGUUUGCAGUCUUGGUGUCAAUUGGGCUAUCUCGAAAGCUGGUCGGAAGAGUUAUUGUGUAGUAGACAAGGUUAGUUUGCCUGUGAAACAAAGUCAUUUUUAUCACUUUUAAAUUAUUUCCUCUUUGGGUAGUGAGGAGUUAGAUUUCCACAUCCACUUGCAGGUAGUUUGAGUGCGGAGACCUCUAAUCAGUGGCACGAAGCUUCCAAAUUUCCCAACUUAAUGUGCAACCAAAGAUGUGGGGGAGACAUGGGGCAGUUAAAAAAAUAUAUAUAUAUAUGAAAGGAAAAAAAAAAAAUAAAAGCCACCUAUGUGUGGUGGUUAUAAUUAUGUAAAAUGCCAAAGGUGGUGAUCUUGUGAAUGCUGAGAAAGGGAGGCUAAAGUUGUUUUUUUUUUUAUUUUAUUUUAUUUAAAGCAGUGCCAGCUUGGAAAUAUAGACAGGUCAAGUCCAGUGAUGCUGCUGGGCAGGGACCUGUGUCCUGAGGCUUUUCCAGCUUCUCCCCCCAGAUAUUCCCUCAGUAAGAGAGACAAGAGAUGAGAAAUGGCAUUUGUCUUCUCUCUCCUUUGAGGUGAAGCCCUGUGUGUUCUGAGUUUCCUUUCCAUGAUAAUUUCCACGGCAAAUCACAGGGCAACCCAUCCAGGGAUACUUUUUCCUUCUCCCUGGAGCAGAACACCACCCCUUUCCUGCAGCCUAGGAAGGACUAUCCAAACAGGUGAAGUCCAAUUACUCUGUUUAACUGUUGUAUUUAAUUAUUUUUGUGAGUUUGGGUCCUACCUUGCCGAUCCUGUUGGCUGAGAGAAGGACAGGGACGUUUUGCCGCGUUUGCUUUUCCAGCCACUUCCUUUGGUGACACUAAAACAAGUUGCUGUAGUUAAGCUGUUGUUUCUGUAAUCAAAUUUAUACACGUAGUGACUCUCUCCAUCUUAUUAUGAGCAUGAAUGGUUAGAGAUGACUCGGUUUUGCAGAGGGGACCCCUUGAUGAAGAGCCAGGAGUCUGGGUGGUGGCAGGACCUUGAGGGCAGAGUUUUGUUUUUUUUUUAUGAGGGGAAAAACUCCAAAUUGCCCCCAGUUUGGGGCACUUUUGGACCUUAAAAUGCUUUUCCCACAUUGGCAUUUGUACCCCAGUGUUCAGUGGGUGCUGGGGGGAGCGUGGUGCCCAGCCCAAGCUGCUGGCAGACUUGUGUUGCAGAGGAUUAAUUUGUAGUUUGGAAAAAGCAUUGAAAUGCUUCGUGUUUGCUGGUUACGUCCCGGCUUUGAGCGGCUGGAUGGAGAAAUCUGCCUGUAAAUGCAAUACUGUAUUUUCCCUGUCGAUGUUGUAGCCUGCCUUCCUGCCUUUCAAACAGCUCAACUAAAACCCACGGAGGGAAGGCGACUCUCGAGAGAGGAGCGAAGAGGCGAGGAGAUGUUUAACCAAACUUUUAAGACGGAAGGGCAAAUAUUCAUGGCAGAACUAUCAUUUUGUCAUAUCAAAGAUGGUAUGCGAAACAAAGUAACUUGGGACUUUUGUAAUUGAUAUUCUAUUGUAUUUUUUUUUUAAGGUUAAAUUCUUGCUAACAUGUUGAAACACAUUUUCUAAAGCGAAUACUUGCAAAUCAUACCUAUAGAAAUGGAGGUUUCGAAGCGAACAGCUAUGAGUGGUGAACGUUGUCGUAUUAGAGUGCGUUGGCGGAGGAGCUUACCCAGGUACCUCGCUCAGAAAGUUCAAACUUUAAACCCAGAAUUUGCUUUAUGCCUUUAAUACUGACUUUCAAUAUGGCAACUUGGUUUGUACAUGAAUAUUGCAGUAUUUUCUUUCCAUAUAUUAAAAAAAAAAAAUAACAUUUCCACUCAGGAUAACGACCGCUGGUUUCCUGGGAGGGAGUGGUAUGAUUGUCAUGACAAUGUCAUGUGAUGGUAGAAUUUCUUCAUUGACGAAUUGAUAGUAGUUGUGUAUACUUUAUUUACCCAUGUUUGUGUUCCUACCAAAAAAAAAAACUAAAGGGUUUCUUUAUUAUUCAUCUCCCUACUGAGAUCUCAGUACUCCCCAUGCAGAAUUGGCGCUCGCAAACGGAAAUCCUCAGUGCUUUUUAUACCACGGGGAGCAUCGGUGAGUGCGACCGCUCGCUUCUAGCGUUGCAUCCUUUAACAGAAAGGGUUGCAAAUCGCAUCGUUUGUGGUAUAAACAGCGCCCCAGGGUCACGGGGUUUAAAAUAGCCAAUUUCUAAUGGUUUGAGUGAGCCAUUGGACGCUUACACGCAACCUAAACCAACCUGUGCUUAACAUAACUCCUGUAGCCAUGUAGAAAAUGCAUGUGUGACAGACCAGCACGACCUGCGGGGUUUCUUUUAUGUGGCCUUCUUCAACCAAAAGCGACUUCUUUUAUUUUUUCCUUUUUUUUUGGGGGGGGAGGGGGCGGGUAGCGAUGGGUCACUCAUUUUUUCGCAGAAAACGUCCCACUGGGUGCAUGUUUCUUAGCAUUUCUUGCGGCUGAUGGCCUUUGGUGGCCGUGGGGUGACAGGUCCUCUGUGCUCUCGUGUCCGUGGAGCUGCGAUGGGUGGUUGUGGGAUGGGAGGAGGCCACGAGAUCCCCAAGUUUGGCUUCUGGCCGUGAGUUUGGGCAGAGCCUGGAGCUGGGUGGCUCCUGCCCGUCGGUGGGGGAUCCGUCUUCAGGGCCACCCCAGGGUCUCCCGUCUGGUUCCACUUUGCCUGUGACUGUGCAUCCUCAUCCCUACAUAUUGACAUGAGAGAUAGAUUUUUUAGAAUUGCCUUGUGUACUCUCUGGCAUUUACUGCAUCUUUCCAGGUAAAUCAUCUUGCUGCCAGUCCAAAUUCUUGUACUUUGUCUGUUUAUAACAACCUUUGGUGUAACAAACUAUUGACUGUUCUUAGGCAGUGGGGAUAAUUUUUUUUUCCCAUGACUUUUUGUGACUGACUUUGGCUGUAAAACUUUUUUGUUCAACAGCAAGAGGGGUUUUUUUGUUUUCUUUUUUUUUGUUUUGUUUUGUUCUGAGAUGUGUAAUUCUUUUAUGGAGUUUUUUUUUUAUUUCAUGUUUUUUUUUUUUUCUAACAUUGCUUCAUUAAACAAUUAAAUAUUUAAAAAUGUAAUAUUUGGACCAGAUGUUGUGAAUAAUAGUAGAUAAAGCUAUUUUAUUCUGUAUUUUUAAAGCUGUUCAGUAUAAAUAAACACGGGCAUAGAUGCAACCUG